GCAUGGCUCCGGGGCAGGAGCGGGCCGUGACGCUGGGGGUGCGGAGCCGGUGUCGGGAGGCUGGUGUUGUGCAGCUGUUGUUCUUUUCUGCCCUGUGCAGAUGGCAGUGCCUGUGGGGAGGGGCGGGGUGUGGCCUCCAUUUGGGGGCAUCCAGUAACCCUGAGUCAGAAGGACCCCGAGGCUGGAUACUGACUAGACUGUCUGAGUGCCUAGUGGACAGAGCGCCGUGCUUAGACUCAGGACCUCAGAGUGCUGAAUGACCUUGGGCAAGAAAGUCCACCACUCUGCCUCAGUUUCUCUGUAAAAUAGGGCUAAUGACACUGAUUCCUCUUGUAAAGCGCUGUGAGAACUAGUGAUGGAAAGUGCUAGCUCUACAACAAUGCCUGGGUCUCUUCCUGUGAAUGCUGAAGCCUGUUGGCCAAAAGAUGUGGGAAUUGUUGCCCUGGAGAUCUAUUUUCCUUCUCAGUAUGUUGACCAGACAGAAUUGGAAACAUUUGAUGGUGUGGAUGCUGGGAAGUACACCAUUGGCUUGGGUCAAUCGAAGAUGGGAUUCUGCUCAGAUAGAGAGGAUAUCAACUCACUCUGCUUGACUGUGGUACAGAAGCUUAUGGAGAGGAACAGUCUCUCCUAUGAUUGCAUUGGGAGAUUAGAAGUUGGAACAGAGACAAUCAUUGACAAGUCAAAAUCUGUAAAGACUGUCCUGAUGCAGCUCUUUGAGGAUUCUGGUAAUACAGACGUAGAAGGGAUUGACACAACAAAUGCAUGCUAUGGAGGCACUGCUGCUAUCUUUAAUGCUGUUAACUGGGUUGAGUCCAGUUCUUGGGAUGGUCGUUAUGCGCUUGUUGUUGCUGGAGACAUAGCUGUAUAUGCCACUGGAAAUGCCAGGCCAACCGGUGGAGCUGGUGCUGUUGCUAUGUUAAUUGGUCCAAAUGCUCCUUUAAUUUUUGAGCGAGGACUGCGUGGGACCCAUAUGCAGCAUGCCUAUGACUUUUAUAAGCCAGAUAUGGUGUCUGAAUAUCCUGUAGUUGAUGGUAAACUAUCUAUUCAGUGCUACCUCAGUGCAUUAGAUCGCUGCUAUUUUGUCUACCGCAACAAAAUCCGUGCUCAGUGGCAAAAAGAAGGAAGUGACAGAGACUUUACCUUGAAUGACUUUGGCUUCAUGAUCUUCCAUUCUCCAUACUGUAAACUUGUACAGAAAUCUGUGGCUCGACUGUUGUUGAAUGACUUUCUUAGUGACCAGAACUCUAAAACAGAAAAUGGUAUCUAUAGUGGCUUGGAAGCUUUCAGGGAUGUAAAACUGGAGGAUACCUAUUUUGAUAGAGAUGUGGAGAAGGCCUUUAUGAAAGCUAGUGCUGAACUCUUUAAUCAGAAAACCAAAGCUUCUUUACUUGUAUCCAAUCAAAAUGGAAACAUGUACACCCCUUCAGUCUAUGGCUGCCUUGCUUCUCUUCUAGCACAGUACUCCCCACAGCAGCUAGCAGGACAAAGAAUUGGUGUGUUCUCCUAUGGCUCUGGUUUUGCUGCUACACUCUACUCUGUUAGAGUUACACAGGAUGCCACACCUGGUUCUUCUCUGGAUAAAAUAACUGCUAGCCUAUCUGAUCUGAAAACAAGACUUGACUCAAGAAAGUGUAUUGCACCAGAUGUCUUUGCUGAAAACAUGAAGAUUAGACAGGAAACGCAUCACUUGGCCAACUACAUUCCACAGUGUUCAGUGGAUGAUCUCUUUGAGGGAACAUGGUACCUAGUGCGAGUGGAUGAAAAACACAGAAGAACUUAUGCUCGACGUCCAGUGCUGGGUGAUGGGCUUUUGGAAGCCGGAACUGAGGUUGUCCAUCCAAGCAUAGUUCAUGAGCUUAUCCCGAGUCCUGCUAAGAAAGUGCCAAGAAUCCCUGCAACCACAGAAUCUGAAGCUGUUGCUGUCUCUGUUUCCAAUGGAGAGCAUUAAUAUACCUCUGUGAGGUGUGAAAUUAAUCAAAAUGGGCGUGGUGGAAAAGGGAUUAAAUAUCUAAAUUUCACUGUACAGAAAUAUUCUAAUUGGAGCAUGGAAAACUGUUUAAACUCCUUGAGAGGCUUUGUUUAAUGUGGUUUCAUAACACUAAAGCAUGAAUGUAUUGGAAAAGAAAAAGGCAAAGGUUUGGAGGGCUUUCAUAACUCUUGAUGUUGGUGUGGUUUUAAAAAAAGGUUCAGGAAUGGGUGUACCAAUUACAAGAUCUUGGUAACUGGACACAGAAAAACAGGAAUUUUGCUUGACUUCCCAAUUUUUUUAGUGAAACCUAAAAUAGGUUUAAAUGUGCAUGCACAAACUCCCACCCUGGGAGUAAAAUUUUCUAAAUGGAGGAGGGAGGAACACACUGGUUCCUUCCUCUCCCCAAAAACUGACCAAAAGCCGUUCUCUCGCUUUUUCAGAAGUCACUUUGCUUUUUAAUGUUGGGGUCCUCAGUGCCUUGACAAUAAACUGUCAGUUUUCUAAAUACAAUAUACCCA